AUGAACGACUCUACAGCAAUCUCAACCACACCCGCAUCAUCCUCCAACUUCACGACCAGUUUGGCGUUGCUGCUACGGAGCGAUAUGGAUAUUGUUGUAUUUGGCAUCAAUAUCCUGUUUGGUCUUCCUACACACUCCUAUGUUAUAUGGCUUAUUAUCAAAGGGACGGGAAGUGGAAUUGCAUCCGAGUUCUUCAACCUAAAUCUCUCUAUCAGUGAAACAAUUUAUUGUUUGAAUUGUGCGGUGUAUGUGCUUUCGUUUGCAUUUCCAAGUCUUUUACCAUUCUGUCUGUUUUUUGUUGGAUUAAGCAUCGCUGGCCGUCCUCUGUUUCAGUGUCUGAUCUGUGUGGAGCGUUAUCUGGCGGUAGUUCAUCCUGUAACCUUUCUGAACUACAAACCUCUCAGAUAUAGAGCCAGCUGCUGCAUUGUUGUCUGGAUCAUGAAUCUUGCUACCUGUUUUUUCUGCAGAUUUCUCUUAUGUUCACCAAUCUUUUUACAAAACACAUGGUUGGUCUCGGUGCAGUUUAUUAUUUUUUUCUCCAUUCAGUUGUUCUGUUGUCUGGCUGUUCUCAGAGCUCUGAAGCAGUCAGGACCAGGAGAGAGAGGGAGAGAGAGAGAGGAGGAAAACCACAUGAAGAGAAGAGCAUUUCCUCUUAUUCUGAUAACUACUUUUAGCAUGGUGAUCAUGUUUGUACCUUAUAUUGUCACAGGAAUUCUCACUAAUUUAAACCAAUUCGUUCCUGUUAGGUUAAAUGACCUUGUGCUGGUGCCUGAAGUGAAGUAA